AUGGUUGCAAUUAUUAUGCGAGAAGAGUCUAAGAUAACUAAUAAAUCAGCAUGGGACAAUGCAAAUUGUAUUCAAAAAAUAUUUCUAGCAUUUGUGUACCCGGUAUUCAUCAGAGGUUAUCGACAAAAUGGUCUCAAUAUAGAGGACAUGUACCGGUGCUCCCGACACGACGAGUCACACCAUAUCGUCCAACAACUGGAAAGCAAUUGGAUUCUCGAGCGCCAGAAAAAGUGUCCAACAUUUUGGAAAGCAUUGUAUCGGACGUACGCUAACUAUUACUGGAUAUCAGUAGUUAUGUACACAAUUGAGGAAUGUGUGUUACGUAUCGGUCAACCAUUAUUGUUGGGGUUUGUGAUUGACUUUUUUAGUCAGACCGGGAAUGUCACGUAUUUGAAUGCAUGUCUGGCCGCGGGUGGUGUGUGCCUGUGCUCAGCCCUAUCUACGGCCAUACAUCACCCGACCGUACAUAUGAUGAUGCGAUUGGCUAUGAGAAUGAGGAGCUCUUGUUGUACUUUAAUGUAUAAAAAGUCUCUAAGACUGAGCCGGGCAUCGAUGGCGAAAACAACUGUCGGCCAAAUUGUAAAUCUAAUGUCCAACGAUAUGAGCCGUUUUGAUCAGUACAUACAGUACUGUACAUACAUACUGUAUGUACUGUACAUAAUCGUAGGAUUUACGUUUAAUUUCAGUGUAAGUUAUGUAAUUAUUGCGCCGAUACAGACCGCGAUUGCCAUAUAUAUAAUGUAUGGAUAUUUGAGUUACUAUUGUUUCGUUGGCGUCGGACUAUUGGCGCUAUUAAUACCGUUUCAGGCAUUUAUGGGCAAACUUUUCUCUAAAAUAAGAUUAGCAACGGCACAGUUAACGGACAGUCGUCUAAAAUUAAUGAACGAAAUAAUCACUGGAAUGCGAGUCAUUAAAAUGUAUGCCUGGGAACAGUCAUUCGCCCGACUCGUGGCCACCGCCCGGAAGAGUGAGGUGGGUCGUAUUCGGGUAGGAUUUUAUCUUCAGGCUAUUAAUUUGUCCAUAUUUUCCGCGGCCUCCCAUAUAAUACUAUUCGCUGUAUUCAUAACAUACGUACUGACGGGUAAUGUAUUGACAGCCAAAGCGGUGUUUGUGUCGAUGUCUUUGUUCAGUUCAAUACGGAUAACAGCGACCGACAAAUUCCCAAACGCUAUACAAAACAGCGCUGAACUACUCGUCUCCUGUCGACGCAUACAAGUAGUGUUGACAUAUGUUAUAACAUUUCUAGAAUUAGAAGAAAGAAAUGAAAGUCCAUUUCCAACCAGUAGUAGCCCCAUCACCCAUGGGGCUACUACUCCAACCCUUCAAAAUAUAUCAUUUAAUUUAAAACCGGGGGAUCUCUUGGCUGUUAUCGGACCGGUGGGCGCCGGAAAGAGUUCAUUAUUGAUGACAAUCCUAAAAGAGCUGCCGCUUCUGUCGGGGAGUAUAGAAACUAUCGGAUCGAUAAGCUAUUCCUGUCAGGAGUCCUGGAGUUUCAAUACUAGUGUCCGAAAUAAUAUACUAUUUGGUACCGAAUAUAACAAAUACCAAUAUAAACGAGUGGUAGAGGUGUGCGCUUUGGAGCGAGACUUUGAGAUCUUCCCGUUCGGAGACAAGACAUUAGUCGGUGAGAGAGGAGUACAGCUAUCGGGGGGACAGAAGGCCCGCAUCACGUUAGCCAGUGCAUACAGCUCUAUGCAAGUGGUUAGAAAUUUGGUCAUAACUUCGGUGAUUCUGGCCAUUCGCACAGCUCUGUAUCGGAAUUCAGACAUCGUAUUAAUGGACGACCCGUUGAGUGCUGUCGACACUAGUGUUGCCGAACAUAUAUUUGAUAAAUGUAUAGUCGACUACUUGUGCGACAAAAUCCGUAUUCUAGUCACACAUCAAAUCCAAUUCAUACGAAAAGCGACACAAAUAUUGGUUUUGAACGACGAGGGAAAGUGUCUGGGAUUGGGAUCCUAUGAUGAGCUCCAGUCCCGGGGCUUAGACUUCAUGUCUAUUCUCAGCGAUCAGGAGAAGGAAGCGGACGAUAAGGCAAUCGCACAGAACAGGGAUCUAAUGGUGCGGACAAUAUCUGCGGAUACUGUGGACUAUAGCGAAGGGUCGGACGACGAGUUCAAAAACAAGAAACCAAUGAUUGAACCAAAAAUAUGCGACGAAAAGCGAGAGAUCGGAUCGAUUGAGGGUCGGGUGUAUUGGGAGUACAUAAAGGCCGGCGCCGGACCACUACUAUUUAGUCUUACUUUCAUGACUGAAAAAUUCCAGGAAAAGACAUACCAACAAAUUGAUUAUGGUGCUCAGAAUAGGGAUGCCAUAAUAUAUUCGACACUAAUUGCAGCCCUAUUUGUGACAGUAUUAAUCCGAGUGAUCACAUGGUUCAUGAUGUGUAUGCGGGCGUCCGUUAAUCUCCACAACAGUAUAUUCUAUACUCUAUUACGGACUCCCAUAUCAUUCUUUGACAACAACCCCGUCGGUCGUAUAUUAAACCGUUUUACUAAAGACAUGGGAACUGUAGACGAAAGACUGCCCUCAGUUGGAUAUGAGCUGAACAUGGCGUUAACUGAAAUAAUAGGUAUUGUUGUUGUGGUGGCGAUAGUCAAUCCUUACCUAACAACAGCGGCACUGUUUUUGUUAAUAGUUGCUCUAUUGGUGAGAGUGGUGUACAUUAAAGCGGCGAGAGAUAUACGUAGACAUGAGGGUAUUGCUAGAAGUCCAGUUUACACACAUGUAAGCACAACACUGAACGGGUUAGCUAGUGUUCGGGCCUACGGAGCUCAGACAGAGUUUGAGAAGCAAUACACAAUUUACCAGGAUGAUCAUACGGCCAUGUGGUUUAUGUAUUUAUGCACAACCCGUAUGUUAGCCAUUGUUAUGGACUGGUUUAGUGUAUUGUAUUUAGUGAUUGUGUCGAUAGUAUUGAUGGUGUUUUAUGAGGGUAUUGGUGGUGGAAGUGCUGGACUGGCCCUGUCUUCAGCUCUUAUGUUGCCGGGAAUGGCUUAUUGGGGCGUAAGGCAGUCGGCAGAGUUGGAGAAUGAAAUGACUUCAGUCGAGCGCAUCAUUGAGUACUCAAAACUACCACAAGAGGCGGCCCUCACAGCACAGGAUAGCCAUAAACCCUCUCCCGAUUGGCCACAGAAGGGACAGAUAGAGUUCAAGGAUAUGAGUUUGUGUUACGAGGGAUCAGACAAACCGGUGCUCAAGAACUUGAGUUGUGUUAUAAAGAGUGGAGAGAAGGUAGGAAUAGUCGGGCGGACGGGCGCCGGAAAGUCGUCCAUCAUAUCAGCGCUGUUU